AACCCAUUGCCAGGUUCCGUCUUCCUCCGGAUAGUGUUCCUGGCUGGAUCCAGAAGGUUUGAGGCUCUGUGGCCCCAUCCUCUGGGGAAGCCAGCCCCAGCAUCAUGAAAGGCGUCUUCAUUGCUGGUGUCAUUGCGGCAUUUGCCAUCACAGUCGUAGACUCCCUGGAUUGUGCACAGUGUCACACAUACAAUAGCACCUGUGAAGCCAAUGCCACUGCAUGCGCAGCAGGAUCCCUAAGUUGUGUGGAGUCCUCUGUCAACUCCACUCUAGGAGGGUUCCUCCAUUUGUACCAGAACAAGUUCUGCUCUGCAUCGAAUUGCAGCGAGAACAGCACGGAGGUGGCCUUCACUGUGCGCGUAUUUGAUAACCAAAGAUACCGUUUUGCAAGCCAGUGCUGCCAGGAAAAGGAAUGCAACGGCACCCACUAUGAACCUGAAACACAGGACUCCACUGGCAUGCAGUGUGUGUCUUGCUAUAACAACAACAACACAAACUGCAUAGAGAAACUCCAGGAGUGCUACAAAGGAGAACAAUGUGUCCGUAUCAUUAUGGAGCUUAAAAAUGGCAGUGGCAAGGUGGAGCUGAAGGGCUGUUCUGAUAUCAGCAACUCUACUUGUCAACUCCUGUCUGCUGGGAACGUAACAGUUGGAGAGUUCAUUUUCAAGUCGGUUCAAUGUACGAACCUGGCAAACAUUACCUCACCGACCACCGUUAUCCCACAGACCACCAGUACUCCACGAGCCACCGUUACUUCACAAACCUCCGUUACCCCAUCGACCAGCAUGGGCAUCAAAGCUUCCUUUGCUUCCUCUAUCUUUGGGAGCCUCCUUCUUCUGAAGCUGCUGCUCUGAGGUCCUUGGGCUCUGCCCCAUCCAGUGUCGCAGGGAUGUAAACACUUUUCUCUUCACAUACCUUCCAGUUAAAUUGUUCAGUGGGUUGAAAGUCACAGACUCCAGGCAAUGUUAGCAGCCACGUUCGCUCCUUUAUUAAAGUGUUGCUUGAGGUCUAGA